CUCUCAGGCCUACCGGUCUCCUUGACUCCUUGUUUAGUUGUUUGCGUCGAUGCGGGGAGAGAGAGAGAGACAAAGGUGGAAUCCAACAGAGAGUUAAACGAGAGGAUAAAGAGGAAGAAAACAUAGUAAAUCUAUUUGGUCUCUGAAACCUAGUCGAAGCUCAUUUCGGGUGGACAUGGCGUCGUCUUCUUCUCGGCCCAAUCCCCGCCUUUUGGCGGGUCUGAUUCUCUUCCUUCUCGUUGGCCUCUCAUUUGUGGGCGCUGGCGAUGUCAAACAGGACGACGACGAGGCGCCCCAGUCUCCGUUUUGCAACAAUCCCUUCGAAUUGGUCAAGAUCAAGAACUGGGUGGGGGGCGCUGAAGGCGAGACUUUAGUUGGGUUAAACGCAAGAUUUGGGGCUUUGUUGCCUUCUCUUGCUGAAAAUGCUCCAAGACUGCCUGCUGUGUUUUCGAAUCCCUCAAACUGCUGUUCCAGUUCCUCUUCAAAGCUAUCUGGAUCUAUUGUCUUGUCCCUACGUGGUGAUUGUGACUUCACGACAAAGGCGGAAGUUGCACAGUCAGGAGGUGCUGCAGCCUUGGUGGUUAUAAAUGACAAAGAAGAUCUUUACAAGAUGGUCUGUUCUGACAAUGACACUGCUCAAAAUGUAUCAAUUCCUGUUGUGAUGAUUUCGAAGUCAGGAGGAGAAGCUCUUAACAAAUCUAUGGCAGAUGGACAGAAAUUGGAACUUCUACUCUAUGCUCCAGAACGCCCAGUUGUAGACUUCUCAGUGGCGUUCUUAUGGAUAAUGGCUCUUGGAACAAUUUUAUGUGCUUCAUUUUGGUCAGAGUUUACUUCUUCUGAGCAAACUGAUGAGCGCUAUGAUGAACUAUCUCCAAAGGAAUCUUCCAAUUCUGGAACAGACAAAGAAGACUUUGAGAAGGAGAUCCUUGAUAUUAGUGCAAAGGGUGCUAUAUUUUUUGUCAUAAUGGCAUCUGCAUUUCUGGUGCUGCUAUAUUAUUUUAUGUCGUCUUGGUUUAUGUGGGUGCUGAUUGUACUUUUCUGCAUUGGUGGUGUUGAGGGAAUGCAUGCUUGUAUAGUCGGCCUGAUGUUAAGAAAAUGCAGAAAUGAGCUAAAGUCAGUGAAUUUGCCUAUUCUUGGGAAAGUUUCAAUUUUCUCACUUGUGGUGCUACUUUUCUGUCUGGCAUUCGCAAUUUUCUGGGCUGCCACUCGGAAGGCAUCAUAUUCAUGGAUUGGUCAAGAUGUUCUUGGUAUCUGUUUGAUGAUAACAGUCCUGCAGAUGGCCCGAUUACCCAAUAUCAAGGUUGCUACGGUACUUCUUUGUUGUGCGUUUGUUUAUGACAUCUUUUGGGUAUUCCUAUCACAAGCGAUCUUCAAUGAGAGUGUUAUGAUUGCAGUUGCUCGAGGUGAUAACAGUGGAGAAUCCAUUCCCAUGCUUUUGAGAGUCCCUCGUUUCUUUGACCCUUGGGGUGGUUAUGAUAUGAUUGGCUUUGGGGACAUUCUAUUUCCUGGUUUGCUUGUUUCAUUUGCUUUCAGAUAUGACAAAGCAAAUAAGAAGGGUGCAUCAAAUGGAUAUUUUCUUUGGCUGAUGAUUGGCUAUGGGUUUGGCCUUUUCUUUACAUACCUGGGCUUAUAUCUAAUGGAUGGGCAUGGUCAACCUGCACUACUCUAUCUUGUUCCAUGUACACUAGGUCUUAUUGUUAUACUGGGUUUGGUGAGAGGUGAACUGAAGCACCUGUGGAAUUAUGGCGCGGAGGAGUUGUCGUCAUCAUCAUCACCAUCUAGUGAUCUUUCUGGAGAACCUUGAAGCAUUAGAUCAGUCACUAUCUUCCAAGAUGAGAUGAACAAAAUUUGCAUUGUUCUCCCAAAUAUGCAGUGUAAAGAGGUUAAUUCCGCGUUUCUUCAUUCAAUAAGGAUCUUGACUCAGUAUAAUGUGAAGAUUACUGUAAAGCAGUGUGGGGGUUCACAUUUCAAAGCAAAUUCAUCUCUGGUAUCUCUCUCAUGUAUAUCAUCUCUUCAUUUUGUAUUUAUUGUCUCUACAUCAGGUUCUCAAUAAAAUUGGUUGUAACGUUCUGAAAUGUAUAACCAUUUUUGUAUAUUUGAUUACUAAUAAUAUUAUACAUGGAAAGAACUGUUAAUUUUA